AUGGCGUGCUUAACCUCUGUUACUUAUUCUAUAAAUGUAAAUGGUGAGAUCACUGAAGCUUUUCAAGCAAAGAAAGGAUUGAGACAAGGAGAUCCUAUCUCUCCUUACUUGUUUGUUAUUUGCAUGGAGUACCUCAAUAGAUGCCUGAGUGAACUGAAGGUAGAUAAAGGUUUUCACUUCCAUUCUCAAUGCAAGAAAUUUGAAUUAUUGCAUGUGUGCUUUGCUGAUGAUCUGCUCUUGUUCUCUAGAGGAGAUGAACACUCAGUGAGGAAAUUAUUACAGGCUUUUGAUAAAUUUUCUUUGGUAUCUGGAUUGAAAGCUAACAAUGCCAAAAGCUCUAUCUAUUUUGGUGGUGUGCAACAGGAAAAUCAACUCUCAAUUCUGCAGGAAUUUGGUCUUGUGAAAGGUGAGCUGCCUUUUAAGUACUUGGGUGUUCCUCUGUCCUCCAAAAAGUUGUCCAUAGCUCAAUGCCAACCUCUCAUUCAGAAAAUCUUAACAAGAAUUGAGUGUUGGUCAGCUAGAAUGUUGUCAUAUGCAGGGAGACUCCAACUUAUUAAAGCUGUGUUGACUAGCAUUCAAAUCUACUGGAGUCUUGUAUUUCUACUCCCUCAAAAGGUAGUGAAGACCAUUCAAGCAGCUUGCAGAUCUUUUUUGUGGUCUGGGAGAGCUUCCAUUACUAAAAGAAAUCUAGUUUCAUGGGAACAACUGUGUUAUCCCAAGGAGGCUGGUGGAUGGAAUAUUAUCAACUUGGAGCUCUGGAACAAAGCUGCAAUAUGUAAGCAACUUUGGAAUAUUUUGAAAAAGAAAGAUAAGAUUUGGGUAAGAUGGAUACAUGGAUAUUAUAUGAAACAGCAAGAUUGGAAAACUAUGCCGAUUCCAUCUCAAGCGGCUUGGGUGGUGAAGAAAAUUUUGGGAGCCAGAGACUAUAUGGCUACACUUCCUGACGGUGAUACUCUGAUGGAGCAAGACAACUUUUCCAUCAAAAAGCUCUAUAUAGCAUUGAGAGGCACUCCGGAGAAAAGGAACUGGCAUCAUAUGAUCAGUAAAAGCAUAGUUGCGCCAAAGUGUCUCUUCAUCUUAUGGUUAGCUAUUAUGAAGAGGAUGACAACAUGUGAUCGACUGCAGAAAUUUGGUAUUCAAUGUGACCAAGCUUGUUGUUUGUGUUCUCAAGGGAAUGAAUCACUUAAUCACUUGUUUUUCUUGUGUCCCUAUUCUGCCAAUGUGUGGGAUAAGCUUGCUAUGUGGUGUGGUGUUCAAAGGAAAGCUGGAGCUUGGGAUGAUGAAGUGGAGUAUUUAGAAAGACAAGGAGCUUCGAAGACAGGGAAACAGCUUAUGUAUAGACUUUUCGUGGCAACAAUUGUCUAUCACAUAUGGAGAGAAAGGAAUGAACGAAGAUUUAACAGCAAGGCUUCCCAUGAAGAGAGUGUAGUUAGACAAUGUCAAUUGAUGAUGGUGAUGAGAGAAGAGUUGAACCCUAAAGUUCACAAAAUGUUUGUGAACUAA